AUGACAGUAGAUAUUGCUAUCCUACAGGUGAGACUUCACUAUCAGCAGAUGCCUGGUGAACAAGAAGAAAAUGGGACAUCUCAGCAGCAUCUACAUCUUCUUGAAGCUUUGCAUCAGUUAGCCAACCUGGGCCUCCCCCUUGACAAGCUAUGGGAGAGCCUGAAAACUGGUUUCCCAUUCCACCAGAAAGUUACUGAGUUGGAAAGCCGACAACAGACUUUGGAGAACAUUGUCUCUGUCCUGAGUCGGGAGCUGGGAAGAAGAGAGGGAGUCUCUGGAGUCACGCUGGGGGAAGCCAUGGCCAGGAUCAUUUAUCUAGAGCAAAAGGUGGAACAGCAAGACUCACUCCUGGCCCUGAAGGAUGUGAUGAUCAGCAACAUGGCAUCCCGGAUCCAUACCUUGGAGCAGACCACUUACGAUGGGUGUCUUCUCUGGAAAAUCCCAGAGGUGGGACUUAGAAGUCAGGAAGCACAAACUGGAAAUCGCCCGGCCUGUUAUUCCCCCGCAUUUUACACCAGCCGCUAUGGUUACAAAGUCUGCCUCAAGGUGUUCCUGAAUGGAGACGGGACAGGAACUGGAACCCACCUCUCACUCUUCCUGGUCCUGAUGAAAGGGGAAUAUGAUUUUCAGCUUAAGUGGCCUUUCCGACAUAAGGUCACAUUCACUCUCCUGGAUCAAGACAACAAGCACCAUAUUUCCAGAUCAUUUCGACCUCUGGAGUCAUCAUCUUCAUUCCAGCGUCCUGUGAACGAAACCAAUGUGGCCAGUGGCCUUCCUGAGUUUUGCCCUUUGAACUUACUCCAUUCUCCCAGGACUUCAUACAUCUGUAAUGACACUUUGGCCAUUCAAGCUGUGAUUGACAUGAAAGCUUAG